ACCUGAGCCCGAGCAAUUUAAACAUUUUUUGUUUGUGAUUUGGUUAAUUUUGGCGAAUUUUUAAUUUCGUGGUUUUAAUUGCCACGGCUAGUCAUUAAGAAGUUUGAUUUAGUGAGUUGGGGGGCAAUUGUUGUCAGGAACCGAGUGACAUUAAUUGCACUCAAGUUGCAUGGUGGAGUUGAGAACCUUGUACUCGUGAAAACAUGGAUUUGGAUUCGGACGAUGAAAAUGUUAUAGAAGAGGAUUUUUACUCAUUCUUAAAUGUCCCAAAGGAGGCCACUAAGGAGGAAAUCAACAAUGCCUAUCGACGCCUCAGCCGCAUGUACCACCCCGACAAGCAUGUGGACCCCGAACUCAAAACCAAGGCUGAGAUUUUGUUCAAUAAAACCAAAAAGGCUUAUGAGGUCCUUUCGGACCCCCACAGGAGAGCCAUUUACGAUUCUUUGGGCAUGAAAGGGCUGGAAACAGAGGGGUGGGAGAUUGUGCAAAGGACCAAAACGCCGGCGGAAAUCCGCGCAGAGUAUGAACAGCUAGCUGAAGAAAGGGCUGAGAGGAGAAAACAGCAAAGAACAAACCCUAACGGGAAUAUCACUGUCGCGAUCAACGCAACGGACCUAUUCAACCCUUACGAAGACGAGAUAUUCGAAGAUGACUUUGAACCGGACUUGCUACAAAGAUUUCCAAAUAUUGAGGUUUCCUCAAUGCAGUUUUCCCAGUCUGUUGAUUUCCCCCUGACCCAGAAAGACACCUGCACUUUGUCGGGACAACUACAGGCGCAGAAUGGCACCGGGGGCGGCGCCGUUAACCUCAGCUGGAGGCACAUUUAUUCGCAUAAAAGUUGGGCAGAGGUUGAGAUGGCUGCUGGAAGCGGUCCUUCUGUCUCUUUUAAAGGGUUCAGAACCUUGUCCAAGAGGUUUUUCUGGAAUGGAGGGACCAUUCUCCAAUUUACUCCCGAGGGAAUACGUCCCGGGAUCAUGUCUACUUUAGCGAUGCAAAUUGAUAAACAUUCUGUUGGAUAUCUGACCUACCACGGCGGGAUCAGGUCGUUUGUGUCGACUUCUAUUGUAAGAGAUACUGAAUUCAAUCAUUAUAACUUAUCAAUACAAGUUGGCUUGCCCCACUCUUACGUGUCUUUAAAUUACACCAGAAAGAUGCUAAACCAAGAACUGAAAUUGCGAAUAUCGAUUAAGGCUGGCACAUUCGGUGGUGUGGUCGAAUACGGGGCUGAGAAGAAAGUAUCAAAACAUAGUAAUUUAUCGUUUGCUGUAACGGUUGGAGUUCCAUCGGGAGUUAAAUUAAAAAUUAGGUUGACGAGAGCAAAUCAAGUUUACAACUUUCCAAUUCACCUAUGUGAGGAGAUAAUGCCAUCACCGGUGUUUUACGCAACGGUGGUGCCUUUGAUAGUGUAUGUGGUCGUGAAGAAAGGCUUCGUUGAGCCGUUUCUUAAAGAACAAAAGGCGAAAAAGGUCGAAAAACAGAAACAGAACAAUUUUAAUAAAUUGUUGGAGAAACGGAGAGAGGCACUGGCGGCUCAGGACCUAAUGAAGGCGACUUAUGCGCGAAUACGGGAUGAGGAAGAGAAUAAAAAGGGUCUUGUGGUUAUUAAGGCAAUUUACGGAAAAAUCUCGACAGACCCCAACGAAGUCGGGGAUCACGAAGUGACCAAUGAAAUAAUUGACGUAACGAUACCUAUCCAGUGUACAGUGAAGGAUAGCAAGCUCGUUUUGCAUGAAAACACAAAGAGUCAAUUACCGGGAUUUUUCGAUCCAGCAAUAGGGGAAGAUAAAAUGUUACACAUUAUUUAUAAUUAUAGGGAACAGCCUCAUGAAGUUACAAUCAAGGAUAACGAAUCCUUGAGGUUACCGAAAACUUCGCACCGUACAAAUGUAACAUAAUGACGAUCCACACCUAAUAGUUUUCUUAGGACAAUGAAUUUGUGAUAAAGUUUAAGUCAUCAGCUUAUGUUGGUACAGAAUUUGUAACUAUUGCUUUGUACCAAUGAUGUGUUCAAGUUGUUUUAAGUGAGUACUGCUGGUUUUAAACUUUUACAAGGCCAAGAUUGUUGCAUAGUCUUGUUAAUUUUAACAAAUACAUUUGUUAUUUACAAGUG